AUGAUUGCCAAUCGGGUCCAGUCUGUUCCAACCUGCGGCGUGACGGCGUACCUGUCGCUGAUGAGCGCGCUCCGCGCCGAUCGCGAUCUCGCCACUGCGCGGCAGGACGAAGCAGACUUGUCUGUGGCUGGGCAUGGGCUGAGCUGGCUAUGCGCAGAAGGCCUCUCGGCCGUGUGCGAGGCGGCAAGCAAUGGACGACAGCCUGGGCUGGAGUUGGCACUCGUGGACGCGACUGCGGGCGCUCUGGUCGCCGGGCUGAGCACGCAGGGCCUGGCGGUGGCGGCUGCGCGUACGUUGGCCCCAGGCGGUGCUGGCUGGCUCGACGCGGUUGUGACCCAGGUGGCUGACGGUUGGGCAGAUGCUGGCGUGCUGGCGGCUGCAAGUGCACUGUGGGUCCUCGGCCGUGGGUUGCGGUUGUGGGCGCCUGUCGCGCGCGGGCUGGAGCUUGCGGCCGGCGGCGGGAUCGGGUUUGGUGCACUGGCCGCAGCAUGGGCUCACGGCGAGCUCGACGCCGGGCUCGAUGCGGUGCUCGACAGCGUGCUGGGAGAAGAAGCCGAGUUGGGCAAAUGCGGCGAUGGAUGCGCCUGGCUCCACGAGGUCCUGCUAGAGCUGCUGGUUCCGCUUGCAGUGGUUGAUUGCACGCCCGGCAAUCGGGCGAGGGCAAGCAAGUGCCUAGCGCGGAUGCUCGAGGCGAGCCGCCGGCUGGUACCGGCAGGAUGCAGUGGUGCGGGCCAGGAGCUUGUUGGCGCGGUGUGCGCAACCGUGUCGGCUGGUGACUGGGGCCGCGGGGUGGAGCGUGCGGCGACGGCAUGGAUGGAGGCGUGGAUUGAGGCGGCGCUCUCGCGAGAGGAUGCCGGCAGAGCUGGGCCUAGAUAUGUGGGCUUUGUGGACGCGCUUGCGGACGAGGUCUUUGACGCGCAAAGCCUCGUUUCGGGACUUGUUGCCCAACGGCGCGGCGCGCCAGCGGUGGCGGCGACGAUGCUGACCCGGCUCGUAGCGAGCCGCGCGGUGGUGUCUCAGGUCCCGCAGCUGCUGCAUGCGUGCAUGUCAGUGGUGUCGUCGCGUGUCAGUCGCGGGUUGCGUCUCGACGACGAUGCGGUGCAAGCUGUGCUUGGGCUUGUGGAAGAAAUGGCGGCGCAGCUCGGAGAAGUGGUGAGCACGGCGGUGUGCGAAAGGAGUGGGCGUGUGGUGGCUGCUCUCGUUGAUGGGCUUUCUGCGCUUGCCCACGAGUCACGCGACGGCCUGCUUGCGGCACUGGGCUUGUGGCAAAGCAUAGCGAAGUGCGCCGGUGAAGCGCUGAUUGAGGUGGGCGCGGAGCUUGUUCUCAGCUGGGCGCAUCUCAUCGAGGCGCUCGUGCGGCUGAAGAUUGACGUCCAAGUUGUGGCGGAGCUGGUGGCACUUGCUGCCGCCGCCGCAUUGAGCUCGGCGUCGAGCUCUCUUGCUGUCGGCCGGCUUCUGAAUGAUCUUGUUCUCCCAGCCCUGGUUGUUAGGCCGGUGAUCGAGCUUGUGCUCGAGUCGCUUGCGCCGAGCACGGUGGCCGAGUUUGUGCAUGGACUGGCGACGAUUGUGGUGCAGGCAUCGGCCAGCGGCGACGGCGCCCGCGGCUGUGUACUUGUGCUGGCUGCCAAUUCUUCGGUUGAGACCGGGGGCGCGGUAGUCACCAAGCUCCGCGACGUGGUGGGUGCACUGCCUGUCGGCGCGGCACAUCUUCUAGAGCCGCUUGAGUGCAGCGGAUGCCUGGCGGGUGUGUCGUGCGCAGGCACGCGGCUCGGACCGCGGUUGCAGGCUGUGCUUGGCCUCUUGCUCCGGGCACCGGGCUGGGCGCUGCCGUGCGCGACGCACCCCACGGUCGAGCUCAGCAGCGAGUGCGUGGUGUGGCUGGCGAGAAUGAUCCAGGUUUUGCGCGACGAGCUGUGUGCAUGCCUCGGGUCGGCGGCGGCGCUGGCACGGCUGGUGGGCACGCUCCGGCAUCCGCCGUGGGUCAUCGCGGCGAGCAGCAAAGCGGGCGGGCUUGUGGCGCGGCUGGCGCUGGUCCUUGCGGCGGAUCCAUGUGCUGCAGACGAGUUUGUGCCGAGCCCACCAGAGCUUCGGGUCUUGAUGCGGGCGGGCGAGGUCGAGAGUGUGGCACGAGUUGUCAACGUGCUUAGUCAGUGCGAGGCCGGCCGGCCGGCACUGGUGUGGUUGCUGGCGUGCGACGCCGUGUUUCGGCUGGCCGUCGAUGUGGCGGCGCGGGUGGCGAGGCGGACGCGGCAGGAGAUGGCGGCGACUGCGAUGUGGCUCCUGAAGACCAAGGGCAAUCCAGCAGGUGUGCUCGUGGCGGUCGAGGUUGCAGAGGCAAGCGUGAGCGGAACCGUGGACAUGAUCCGCGAGGUUUUUGAGGCGGCACCGGCGCGGAGCGCGGCGUCGCUUGUGGUGCCGCUGGUUUGGCACGCCGGACUCUUUGACGCCUACGAUGGCGCGAGCUCGACCGGGCUCAGCGUCUCGCGUGCGAUGCUUGAUGCGUGCUUUAGGGCAGCGGUGUGCGGCGAGGAGCUGUUUACCGAGCAGGGUGUGUGGGAAUCGGUGUUGGCUGUGGCCCGGGCUGCGUCGCAGGCGUGUAGCCUACAGCGCAGCAGCUGCAUCGGCGGAGCCCUCGAGGUGCUAGCGCGGGCAAAGACACUCUUCAAGCUCGAGGCGCACUUGAGUGGGCGGAGCGAGGGCCGUGCGUGCCGAGUCCUGGACGAGAUGUUCUGCUCGUGCGAUGUGCGGGCGCAGGUGGCCAGCGUCGGGGCAAGCAUCGCGAGCCAUGCCGGAGUGAUGGCGCAGUACGUGGCAAGCCUGUUUCCGGAGCGAGACACGUUGGGCGAGUUUGAGCUUUGUGUACAGCUUUCGCACGCGGCACGGGAAAGCGGGCUGUGGAUGGCGGAGCGGAGCGUGGACGUGCGGCUACUUGCGGUGGCCGAGGGCCUCGCUGAUGAUGGCGAGGCGGCGUACGUUGCAGUGGCGGCAACAUCGCUGAUUGUGCCACGGCUUGAGGCUGUAGCCGACGCGGUGGGUCUGGGCGUCAAGGUGGCUGUGCUGGAGGCCGUGGUGCGGUUUGAGGCGGCGGCGACCAACAUGCGGCUGUUUGGGGUGCCGGCGAUGCUGGCGCGGGUGGCUGCGCGGGGCCGACUCCCUGUCGGGGUCCAGCGGCGGGUAGCUGCGCUGAGCGCGGCGGUGACGGCGUCGGCAAGCGGAAUGCGGAUGGUGCCGGCGACGAGCGGGAGCGAGGGUUUCGGUGAUGCCAUCUGCACGCCGCUUGCCGUGGUGGUGGCGAGCCCGUGGCGGUACGAGGCUAGCGAGGCGGGGGAGGCGCUGAGCGAGGAGGCGGCGUCGCCGCGGUUGCUCCAGCAGUAA